GCGCUGAACCUCACGGAGACCGGACGACCUGCCCAAAACUCGCCGGAUUCUUACCGGUCCCGGCCAACCCACCUCGCCGAUCCACUCCACCAACCACGAACUCGAAACCCUAGCCGCGGCCAUGGGCGACGACGCGGCCCACGAGCUCGAGGCCCUAGCCGCGGCCAUGGUCGACGACGCGGCCGCCGCCGCGUCCCCCUCCCCCUCCCCCGCUUCCUCAUCAGGCGGCUCCCCGUCGCCCUCCUCCCCGCGCGCCAAGCGCCGCCGCACCGACCAGUACGCGCUCGGCUUCGAGUUCGCCCCGCGACUGGCGCCGUACGAGGUCGAGGUCCUGGCCCCGCGCGCCGCGCCCAAGUGGACGGAGCGCUCCACCUUCGCGCUCCUCGACGCCUGGGGCGACCGCUUCGUCCGACCGGGGGCGGGGCGCAGCGGCAUUCGCGCCGAUGAGUGGCUCGAGGUCGCCCGCCUCACGUCCGCCGCCGCGGGUCAGCCCGCGGGGUACUACUCCGAGACGCACUGCCGCAACCGCGUCGACACGCUCAGGAAGCAAUUCAAGAAGGAGAUGGACAAGGCGCGCCUCGCCGCGCGCCGCGACCUCCCCUCCCCCUUUGGCCCCGUGAAAUGGGUCUACUAUGACAAGAUGGUGUCAAUCCUGCGCCCGUCGCCCCCGGCUCCUCCACCGCACCCGCCCCUGCCCCCGUUCCAGCCUCCGGUCGUGAAGCGCCGCCGUGACACGCAGCCAUCGCCGCGCUUGGGAUGGGGGAUGAAGGCUCCGGAGUGCCUGCUGGGCGGCGGUGGGGAGCCAAGGCCAGGGCUUUCAAGGCCGGGAGCGGAAUUGGGUGAACCUGAACCGCAGAAAGUCUGUGCUGUUGAAGGGGAUCGGAACGGGUUCAUGGCUCUCACAGAGUCGAUUCAGAAGUUUGGGGAGGUUUUUGCGAGGAUGGAGAGUAGCAAGAGGCGGCACAUGGCAGAGGUGGAGCAAAUGAGGAGGGAUUUGCAAAGGGACCUCGAUGCAAAGUGGAGGGAGAUUUUGGAGAAGGCGAAAGCGGAGAUUGCAUGUCUCAGUGAUGAGGAUGGGGAUGGGAGUGAUGUGGAAGAGGAUGAGGAUGGUGGUGAUGAUAAGAGAUUGGAGGAUGGUGGUGGUGAAGUGCAAAACAAUGGUGCCAUGGAUGCUUCUCCGUAGCAUAUAGCCUGGAAGUGGAAGUUCACAAAAUGAGGAACAAAAUUGGGGUUUCAUGUCAAUAGAUGAAUCCACAUGGUAGGCAGGUUAUUAUGAUUAACUCUGUAACUGCUGAUAUUAGGAUUGUGAGUACUCAGAUCCCAAGUGAUAUGUAGCUAAUGAAUUAACAGGGAAUAUAUCCGCCAACAACCAGUGCAGAUUGUUGUAUAAUUCUCUUUUGCAUUUCUUUCCUCAGCAAUGCUAAGCAAAAUAUUACUGCUCUUUUGGUUAUUGUAUAUGGCUAUUGGCUUACUGAUGUGUGAUUUCCAGAUAAUAUCAUUUGAUAGCUCGUAGUGCUUCA